CAUGACGUUGACGGUCCAACUGAAUCAAUUAGCGACUCCUCGCCUCGCUGGCGCGGUUUGACGGUUGGUGCUUGCCUGGCUUUUCCUCUCCCGUCCUCUCGCAACGCUCACUCUACUGCCCUACGGCCUUGCAUUUCUCUCCUCUCGUUCUCUCCCGCGCGCGCACUUGAGCUGGCACUCGCACCCGCACUCGCAACCGCACUCACACUUACUCGCAACGGCCGUUCGGCAACGGUCGGAAAUGGCCUCUCUCCUGUCUCGCCUCAGCCCGGUCCCGACGUUUCCCGACUAUGCAGGGCCUUACAAGGUUGGCACUGUAGACAUCGAGAUACCCGUGUCUGAGCUUGACUCGCCAAGUCCUAAGCCGAAGGGUGCCGCCGAUAUUCAUACCGUUCAAUUCCGGAUAUACUACCCCGCCGUCCCCGAAUCUAACGGCAAGCCCAUCGCCUGGCUGCCGGCGCCCCAGCGUCUGCAUGUAGCCGCAUACGCACAAUUCCUAGGAAUUAAGCCUGUUGUGGCCUCUCUUCUCUCGUUUCUGCCUCGAUAUCUCCACUAUGUUACCAUCCCUGUCCAUAGCGGCGCAACUCUCCUCUCGCCCCCAAAAGAGCAACCAGCACAAACAGGAUGGCCGACCGUCGUCUUCUCGCAUGGGCUUGGAGGAAACCGGAAUACGUACAGCUACCUAAUGUGCUCGUUAGCUUCUCACGGAGCUGUAGUCAUGUGUCCAGAGCACCGCGACGGUAGCGCCGCUGUUUCCCUGAUCCGCGAUCCCAACAACCCGAACAGCCGGCAAGUGGUACCAUAUGUCCGCAUUCCUCACGCGCAGACGAAUGAGGUCUGGGAAGCGCGCGACAGGCAGCUGCGCAUUCGGCUCUGGGAGCUAGGUCUGGGCCUGGAGGCUCUCUUGGCUAUCGACCGUGGUGAGGAGCGCAUCGUUAAGGCCAACCUGAACACCUCUAGGUCAGGAGCGUCAUUGUUGCAGUUUGCCGGCAUGCUGGACGUCCAAGAGCCCGGGAAGAUAAUCUUUGCAGGCCAUUCAUUUGGUGCCGCGACCAUGGUCCAGCUACUGAAGAGCAGCUACUACGCCGACCUCCCAGAAGUGGCAGCCAUGCGCGAUCCUCUCUUUGUCCCAAAGACGGACUCGGCAAUCCGCAGGCAGGUGACAGAGCAGAGCCUGUCCAUCCUCCUCGACAUGUGGUGCUUUCCGAUCCUCUCGGCGUCGAGCUCGGCCCUAUACAAGCUACCUUUGCCUACCUACUCCGACACUGGUUCGGCCGUCGGCGGCGCCGGCGUGCUUGCGAUCGAGUCUGAUUCCUUCUUCAAGUGGAAGGAGCAUCUUCACGCGAUGGCGCGCAUCUUGUCGCCAAACCCGUCAGAAAAGGUGGUCUCGCCCGCCGCCUUCGAGCGACCAAAUUCGGGGGUCAGGCUCGGCGAGCCGAACUUUUUUUGCGCCCUAAACAGCGCGCAUUUGAGCCAGAGCGACUUUGGGAUUCUGUUCCCCUGGUUGACCAAGAAGGCCUUUGGUGCCGAUAACCCAGAUCGCAUCCUCCAUCUGAACCUUCGGGCGCUUCUGCAGUUCCUGCGCACCAACGGUGUUUCGGUGGCGCCAACGGCGGCGGCAACGAAUCUUGAAGAAAACGACUUUGACGAGGCGAAGCAGGAUCUGACAGACGACAGCAGCGACACCCGCGUCGACGACGACGACGACGAGGCUAUCUUCGACCGGAGCGAGAGCAAGGGGCCUGUCGAGAACUGGGCGUGGAUCAAUGUCGUAGGCAUGGGAGCCGAGUCGUCUCCAAGCGAGCUGGAAAUGUUCCCGCCCGAACACGGCGAUCACGCGAACAGCAGUAAGGGCGUGCAGGCCGAGGAUGGCGAUGCUGACAAGAAGAUGGAGAGCGAGAUUGACCCCUCACUCGAGCUUGCGACAGGCGUUACGAACGAAUCUUAGUCAUGGCUGGGGAGCGAUCAGUCGGCCUGAAACACUUGCUGUUUACACAGGUUUUUGGGAUGAGGGUCUCCCUUUCUAGAUGCGAGACAUCUCAGAGAGGGGGAUUUCUUAGUGCGUGUCCCGGCCAGGAGUCAACUGCUGGGACUAUGACAUUGGACUGGGG